UUGUUCUUGCUUCAGUGAUAGACUUGCUUACGAAAUGUAAUUCAGUCGAUUUAGCAGAAUCUAAAUUACAGUAUCUGUCGUCAUGAACGUGGUACAGCACAAACAUUUAAUUAAAGAAAAUUGCCCUUUCAAAAAACAACUCGCUGGGCGCCACAUUUACAAUGGAGUCACGCUGUGAUUUGAAUGUGUGCUGUGGCCUACCUUCAACUGUCAUUUCUAUAAAGCAAUUUUAAAACAAUCUGAAUAGAUAAUAGCUCCAUUUUAAAGAGCCACACUAAAUGACAAUCUCGCCUGAAACUCUAAAAACAAUUGAAUAGAAGGAAGUGCUCGUCAUUGACUUUUCCCCUGAAGGCGCAUUUCCUCUCUUUUUUCCUUAACUUGCUCAUCUGAAUGUAGUGGCAACAUGAAACUGCGUUGCGUGUAAAAAUGGAUGCGUUAUUCUUGGUUGGGAUAUUGACGUUUCUGCCUUUACCUUCUUCGGAGGGUUUCCUUAUUGCUCACGUCCACAAAGGGCUGUGUCUGUUAAACAAUAUUGUGCUGGUGAAGUUGGGGACGUGCAAUGCGACCAGUCCCAGUCAACAGUGGAAGUGGACACAGGAAGACAAGCUUCUCCACGUCCACUCGUCCAGGUGCUUGUGGGCAGACAUCUCCAGCUCCCUGCCCAGCCACGCUCGCUUGGCCUCCCUUGGUAACUGUUCUGCCGCACCGAGCUGGAGCUCCUGCGAGGCGGCGGGUCUUCUCGGGGUAGCAGACAGCCCUCUCUACCUGAAGAAACAGGGACCGCGUGUCGUCGUGAAGACCGGAAAGAGGUAUUCAAACUGGACCAAGUACGAGGUCGACCCCGGGGGAAAGGUGGUCACGGGCAGUCUGUGUGCAAAGAAAGGUCCUGUCAAACUAGAAAGUAUCACAGCAUUUCUCCCAACAACUACAGCUAAAAGUUAUAUAAGAACUCUAGCAGCCACAAGCACUAUUGCAGCUACAAGCACCAUUGCAGCUGCAGCUACAACCACGAAAGUCCCAGUCACAAGUACUAUUACAACCAAAAGAACAAGAGCAGCCACAAGUACAAGUGCAGCUGCAAGCACUAUUGCAGCCACAAGCACUGUUGCAACCACAAGCACUGUUGCAGCUGCAGCUACAACCACGAAAGUCCCAGUCACAAGUGCAACUGCAAAUACUACUGCAGCCACAAGAACAAUUGCAGUCACAACCACAAGCACUAGUGCAGCCACAAGCACAAAAGCAGACACUAAUACUAGUGCAGCUACAAGUUCAAGUUCAGCUUCAAAUACUAUUGCAGCCACAAGCUCUGAUAGAGCGGCAAGCACUGACACAGCUGCAAGUACUAACACAGCUGCAAGCACCAACACAGCUGCAAGCACCGACACAGCUGCAAGCACUGACACAGCUGCAAGCACUGACACAGCUACAAGCACCGACACAGCUACAAGCACUGACACAGCUACAAGCACUAUUAUAGCUGCAAGCACUGCCACAGCUACAAGCACUGACACAGCUGCAAGCACUAUUAUAGCUGCAAGCACUGACAUAGCUGCAAGCACCAACACAGCUGCAAGCACUGACACAGCUGCAAGCACCGACACAGCUACAAGCACCAACACAGCUACAAGCACCGACACAGCUACAAGCACUGACACAGCUACAAGCACUAUUAUAGCUGCAAGCACUGCCACAGCUACAAGCACUGACACAGCUGCAAGCACUGACACAGCUGCAAGCACUAUUAUAGCUGCAAGCACUGACACAGCUGCAAGCACCAACACAGCUGCAAGCACUGACACAGCUGCAAGCACCGACACAGCUACAAGCACCAACACAGCUACAAGCACUGACACAGCUACAAGCACUAUUAUAGCUGAAAGCACUGACACAGCUGCAAGCACUGUCACAGCUACAAGCACUGACACAGCUGCAAGCACUGACACAGCUACAAGUACCGACACAGCUACAAGCACUGACACAGCUACAAGCACCAACACAGCUACAAGCACUGACACAGCUGCAAGCACCAACACAGCUACAAGCACUGACACAGCUGCAAGCACUAGUAUAGCUGCAAGCACCAACACAGCUGCAAGCACCGUCACAGCUGCAAGCAUUAUUAUAGCUGCAAACACUGUCACAGCUGCAAGCACGGACACAGUUGCAAGCACCGUCACAGCUGCAAGCACUGACACAGCUGCAAGCACUGACACAGCUGCAAGCACUAUUAUAUCUGCAAGCACUGACACAGCUGCAAGCACUGACACAGGUACAAGCACGGACACAGUUGCAAGCACUGACACAGCUGCAAUCACUGACACAGGUACAAGCACUGACACAGUUGCAAGCACUAAUAUAGCUGCAAGCACUGACACAGCUGCAAGCACUGUUAUAGCUGCAAGCACUGACACAGCUUCAAGCACUAUUAUAUCUGCAAGCACUGACACAACUGCAAGCACCGUCAGAGGUGCAAGCACUGUCACAGGUGCAAGCACUAUCAUAGCUGCAAGCACUGACACAGCUACAAGCACCGUCACAGCUGCAAGCACUAUUAUAGCUGCAAGCACCGUCACAGCUGCAAGCACAAACACAUCUGCAAGCACUGACACAGCUGCAAGCACUGACACAGCUACAAGCACUAUUAUAGCUGAAAGCACUGUCACAGGUGCAAGCACAAACACAGCUGCAAGCACUGACACAGCUGCAAGCACUGACACAGUUGCAAGCACUAUUAUAGCUGCAAGCACUGACACAGCUGCAAGCACUGUUAUAGCUGCAAGCACUGACACAGCUUCAAGCACUAUUAUAUCUGCAAGCACUGACACAACUGCAAGCACCGUCAGAGGUGCAAGCACUGUCACAGGUGCAAGCACUAUCAUAGCUGCAAGCACUGACACAGCUACAAGCACCGUCACAGCUGCAAGCACUAUUAUAGCUGAAAGCACUGUCACAGGUGCAAGCACAAACACAUCUGCAAGCACCGACACAGCUGCAAGCACUGACACAGCUACAAGCACCGUCACAGCUGCAAGCACUAUUAUAGCUGGAAGCACUGUCACAGCUGCAAGCACUGACACAGCUGCAAGCACUAUUAUAGCUGGAAGCACUGUCACAGCUGCAAGCACUGUCACAAGUCCAAGCACUGUCACAGCUGUGGCAAUGAGCACUAGUACAAUUACAAACUCCAGUACAACUACAAGCACAAGUAAAAUUAUGAAGAUCCUGAAAUCCCUUUUUGCUUCUAACACUGAAACAGUCGCUCCCAGCACCCCUGAAAACCCCACAGUAUUCAGCACUAAAACAGAUCCUCUCCAUGGGCUGACUUCGACCCAAACUACAGGAGCACCUUUGUCAACUACAGACUACACCUCAGACACCACCUACACAACUGAACAGUAUACCACUGCUGAUCCUGUGAAAUGCACCGUUAAUCUGACUGAGACUAGAAUCGCCACGGAUUCCGUCUUCUUCCAGUGGACGAGUGCUGGAAGAUCAUGCAAUUUCAGUGUCAUACACACCUGUAACAAUUCCAGAACUGCAAACUGUGCUCGACCCAUAGGAUACAAUGAUUCGUAUGAAUGCGAGGUUAGAAAUCUGGAACCUGGAACCGCAUAUGACCUGGGGAUAUUGUCUUCGACGGAUGGAGAGCUGACAAACAUCUCAGUUCAGACAGAUCCCAAGGAGCCAGAAAACUUUAACAUCAAUCAGGUGACGCUCAGCAGUACUAGCCUGCAGGUGCAGUGGACAGCGUCUCCCGGCCAUGUGGGCUGGUAUAAUGUCAGUCUGCUGGGCACAGACACAGGCCAGGAGCAGAGUGUACAGGUCCCUGGGAGCGGCUCCUCAGAGACCACGUUCACCAGCCUGGUGCCUGGCAGCCGCUACACUGCGAGCAUAACUGCUGUGGCUGGACACAAGACCUCUGCUGCUCUCCGCACUGCCGGAGCUACAGUUCCCUGUGCUGUGCAGAAUCUCCAGCUCUCCAGAGUCCCAGGCGGCCUGUCUGCUUCUUGGCAGCAUGGUUUAGGGAAGGUGGACAGAUACAGAGUGCUGCUGAAGGAUGACAAGAGUGUGGUUCUGAACCUGACUCUGGAGAGAAGUGUCACCACCUAUACCUUCCCAAGACUGACCCCGGGACACCUCUAUAAUCUCACUGUAAUCACAGAGGCCUCGGGACUGCACAAUGAAUCCUUCAAACUGGCCAGGACAGCACCAGCUAAAGUGUCAGAUCUGAAAGUCUCAAACAAUGGCAGCCUGGAUACCUUAACUGCUACCUGGAGCAGAGCAGCAGGAGAUGUGGAGUCCUACACCGUGACGCUGUCAGACAACAGUGCAGCCCCUCAAGGGAGGAGUCUGCCUCCAGGCACCUCCCAAGCUGUGUUCAGUGGCUUAGUAUCUGGGCGCCUUUAUCAAGUCACUGUUAGCACCAGAAGCGGUGAAUUACAGAGUGAGGCAGUGGCCACAAGCAGAACUGUCCCUCAGAAAGUUUCCCAAUUGGAGCUGCGGGCUCUUCAGGGGUGGCAGAACGCUAUGAGAGUGACGUGGGCUCCCCCUGCUGGUGAAUGGGAGCGCUACCGUAUUCUGUUGCUCAACAACUCCGUUGCCAUAGUGAACAGCUCAGUGGACAAGAACACAAGACAGUACGAGAUGAGAAACUUGGGCCUCAUCCCGGGGCGGCUCUACCAGGCAGCGGUUAUUGUGGAGAGCGGAGACCUGAAGAGCAUUGCUAAGUGUGAAGGCAGAACAGCUCCCCACCCUGUCCUGCAGCUCAUUGUCAAGCAUGCUGACGAGACGUCUCUGAGCGUGACGUGGGCCACCCCCAGAGCAGAGUGGGACGGGUACCUGGUCACCCUGAAGCACAGGGACAGCACAGUGAUAGAAACAAAUCUACAGAAACACGUGAAGGAAUACACCUUCAGUGAUCUGGUACCAGGAAGGAAAUACACAGUCCUUGUUACAACCAACAGCGGGGAACUGAGCAACUGGACAUCAGUGGAGGGGAGAACAGUUCCAUCUCAAGUCACCAACCUGACCAUCAGCAACCAGGGCAUGACGGACAGCCUGCACGUCACAUGGGCGCGGGCGCGGGGCGACGUCGAGUCCUACCGGGUCCUUCUCAUCCACGAGAGCAUCGUCAUCAAGAACGAGAGUGUGUCGGCAGACACCGCCAGCUACCACUUCCACUCCCUCAAACCAGGCAGCCUCUACAGCGUGGUCGUCACUACUGUCAGCGGAGUCAUCCCCUCUCGGCAGACUGUGGCAGAGGGGAGGACAGUUCCCUCUGCAGUGGGUGAAGUCACAGUGAGUAACAAUGGGAGGACUGAUUUCCUCAGUGUCUCGUGGCAGCCAGCCUCUGGGGAUGUGGACAGUUACCUGGUGACCCUGAGCCACCGUGAGAGAGCAGUGCACGCCGUCACGGUGUCUAAAACCAACAGCAAGUGUGACUUCAGCUCCCUGAUCCCAGGGCACCUCUACAACAUCUCCAUCACCACACGCAGCGGGAUCUAUGAGAACCACACCUUCGUGCAGGAGCGCACUCGGCCUUCCAAGGUACAGUAUUUGAGAGCCAGCAACUCUGCGAGAAGCGACUACCUCAUAGUGUCCUGGCACAACGCUACAGGAGACUUCGACAAUUACCAAGUGAUCAUUAAGAGCAGCAAUGACUUCAUUCAGACCACCACCAUCCCCAAGUCUCAGAACGAGUGUGUGUUCCAUUCCCUGGUCCCUGGGAGACUGUACAUCAUCACUGUCAGCAAGAGAAGCGGGAAGUACGAGGCGAGCGAAACAACCAACGCACGAACGUUCCCAGCCGCAGUGAGGAUGCUGACUCUGGCAGACAGGCACACUGAGGAUCUGCGGGUCACCUGGUCCCCUGCUCCCGGAGACGUGGAUCGAUACGAGAUCCAGCUCCUCUUCAACGACAUGACGGUGUUCCCUUCGAUAACGUUGAGCAACACCGCCAGGGAGUACCAGUUCACCUCGCUCGUGCCGGGGCGGCUCUACAAGAUCGUGGUGCUGUCCUUCAGCGGGGAUCAGCAGCGCUCAGAGUUUGUUGAAGGUCGCACAGUCCCCAGCGUGGUGAAGAACAUCCUGGUCUCCAACAAUGGGGAGAUGAACAGUCUAAAGAUCAACUGGACGCCCGGGGCAGGGGAUGUAGACAGCUACACCGUGACCCUCUUCCAGCAGAGCCGGCUGAUCUCCUCACACACUGUCCCCAAGCUGGUGCUUGAGCACAGCUUCCACCAGCUGCAGGCAGGCGAGCUAUACAACAUCAUGGUCCAAUCCAACAGCGGCCAUCUGCACAACAACAACACGGCCCCCGGAAGGACUGUUCCAGCCUCUGUGACGGGCCUGGUCGCCGAUAACAAGCACACCAGUUGCAGCCUGGUUGUAAGCUGGCAGGCUGCUGCAGGGGUGGCGGAGGGAUACAAACUGGAGCUGCUCAACGAAGACAAAAGCCUCAUCUCCAACAGUUCCGUGCCUGCCUCUGCCCGGCAGCACAGGUUCAAUGAGCUGACCCCUGGCAAGAAGUACCAGGUCCGAGUGAUCACUGUCAGUGGCAUGCUGUACAGCAAGGGGGCGCUCACCGAAGGAAGAACAGUUCCAGCAGCAGUCAGUGGGUUAAUGAUCUCCGGGAAUAGCACAGAGAGCUUGUCUUUCGGCUGGGAGACCUCCGAGGGACAGUUCGAUGCCUACGAAAUAUUCCUGUACAACCCCGACGACAGCCUUCACGACCGCAAAUCUGGGACAGCCAGUCUGAGGCAGUGCUUGUUCCGUGGUCUGCUGCCAGGGAGGAUGUACAAGAUGGCGAUCGUGACGCGCAGUGGGGAUCUGACCAACGAGACCUCCAUUCAUGGAAGGACAGUCCCUGCCCCAGUGACCGCACUGCACUCUCUGAACAAAAACCAGAGCGACAGCCUGUGGUUCACCUGGAACCAGGCUGCAGGAGACCUCUCUGGAUACGAGAUAUCCCUGCACAACCCUAACAGAACACUGCAGGAGAAGCGCCAUGGCGACAAAGCCCUGCGAGAGUGCCUGUUCCAGCACCUGAUCCCGGGGAGGCUGUACACAUUGGUCAUAGCCACCAAGAGCGGCUAUCUCACCAACAAAGCCACCGUAGAGGCAAGGACAGCCCCACGGCCGCCCAAGUCCGUGUCGUUUGCAGACGUCACAAACACGUCGCUGGAGAUCUCGUGGACAGCCCCAGAAGACACCGAUUACGAAGACUUUGAGCUGCAGUGGUCUCCCCAGGAUCCCCUCUCCGUGAUCAAUCCUUACCAGAACGGCAGUUCUGGGAGCCGCAUCCUCCGAGGGCUCUACCCGGGGCGGCCCUACAACAUCAGCGUGCGCACAGUCAGCGGGACCCCCCAGACAAACAGGGCCUACAGCCAGCCCAUCUACGAAGCCAUACGAACAAAACCCGAGCGCAUUCAGCACAUCCACUGCCGGCCCCAGAACUCCACGGCCAUCUCCUGCUCCUGGAGCCCCCCUCAGUCAGACUACGACGGCUACAGCAUCGAGUGCUACCACCAGGGCUCCCGCGAGCUGGUGUACUCCCGACGUACCGGCAAGGACAGCUCGCCCUACAACAUCGCCGGGCUGGAGCCGCACAAGCGCUACAUCGUCUCCGUCAAGGUGCUGUCCGACAAGAUGGUCAGCAGAGCGGUGGAAGACAGCGUAAUAACCAUGAUUGACCGUCCUCCCCUCCCACUGGACAGCAUACGAGUGAAUGAAAAGGCGGUGAAGAUCACCAAGUCCACGAUCUUCUUCAAGUUUAACUGCAGCUGGUUCAGCGACGUCAACGGGGCGGUGAAGUACUUCACUGUGAUAGUGAGCGAGGCAGACGGCAUUGAACAUGUACAGCUGGGUCAACACCACCCCUUGCCCUCGUACACAGACUACAAGCUCAACGCUUCCAUUAAAGCCUACCAGACCAAUUACUUUGCCAGCCGCUGCACUGAAAACCCUGACAACAGCAUCCAGAGCUUCGAGAUAGAUGUGGGGACAGGGCUUGAGAGCCUCGGAGGGAAGUGCGAGCCACAGCAGCAGAGGUUCUGCGACGGGCCUCUCAAGCCCAGGACUGCCUACAGGAUCAGCAUUCGAGCAUUCACACAACUUCUUGAUGGGGAACAAAAGGAAUUUGCCCAGCCCCUUUUUACAGACACCCAUUUCUCUGAACCCAUAACCACUGAGUCAGAGCCACUAAUAGGCGUUGUAGAGGGGAUCAGCGCUGGCUUGUUCCUGAUUGUGAUGAUGAUUGGUGUGUCUGUUCUACUGAUUUGCCGUCAAAAAGCAAGGAAAAUAAAUAUGCAAGAAAGGCCGAGAAUGAGUGCCCGAAGAGAGAGACCAGCGUCAGUCAGUAUGCACGUGGGAGUGAAAGGUAAUCGACGCAUCUCAAGCCCCAUCACAAUCUCCCAGUUUGAAAGCCAUUUCACCAAACUGCAGGCUGAUUCCAACUACCUUCUCUCAGAGGAGUACGAGGAGCUAAAAGAUGUUGGUCGAAACCAAUCCCUUGACACAGCACUUUUACCUGAGAACAGAGGGAAAAAUCGUUACAACAAUAUACUGCCCUACGACACAACCCGGGUGAAACUUUCCUACGUGGACGACGAUCCCUGCUCUGACUACAUCAACGCCAGUUACAUUCCUGGCUGCAACUCCCGAAGAGAAUACAUCGCCACACAGGGGCCUCUGCCCGGCACAAAAGAUGACUUCUGGAAAAUGGUGUGGGAACAAAACGUCCACAAUAUCGUCAUGGUGACCCAGUGUUUAGAGAAGGGAAGGGUGAAGUGUGAUCACUACUGGCCUUUCGAUCAGGAUCCCUUGUAUUACGGAGAUCUCAUCGUCCAGAUGUUGUCGGAGUCUGUCUUACCCGAGUGGACCAUCCGCGAGUUCAAGAUCUGCAGUGAGGACCAGGUGAACGUCAGCAGGGUGGUUCGUCAUUUCCACUACACUGUGUGGCCGGAUCACGGUGUCCCUGAAACUACACAGUCUCUGAUCCAGUUUGUCCGGACCGUGAGGGAUUACAUCAACCGCAGCCCGGGCUCCGGAGCUACUGUGGUGCACUGCAGUGCCGGUGUGGGAAGGACAGGCACGUUCGUCUCCUUGGACAGGGUCCUGCAGCAGCUCGACUCCAAGGACACCGUGGAUAUUUAUGGUUCUGUCUUUGAACUGAGACUUCACAGAGCUCACAUGGUGCAGACGGAGUGCCAGUAUGCGUAUUUACACCAGUGCGUCAGAGAUGUCUUGAGAGCAAGGAAACUACGGAACGACCAGGAAAACCCGCUGUAUCCCAUCUAUGAAAAUGUCAGUCCUGAGUAUCACAGAGACAUGGUGUAUGCAAGACGUUAAGGAAUGGACAGUCAGCCUCCCUUUUGAAUGAAAGAAAGAAAAAACCCUUUUUGGUGUGUUUUUCCCACUCCACGCACUUCAGAGUUACAAGGCAAUUGUUUUUUCGGGGGGGGGGGGGGGUUGUGUAUAGAUUAUUAUUUGCCUGGUGGUCUUUAUAAAAUAGUUCAGGUUAUUUAAGUUUAAUAGAGAUUGUUGUAUAUACUUGCAUAAAUGGAAUAUAGAUUUAUGUAAAUAUGUAUUUUUUCAUAUUGUUAAUAGCCUUUGGAUAUUCCUUUCAUACUGAAGUUGUGUUUACUGUACCAAAUAAGCUAUUAUAAUAUUUUGUACAUAAUUGUUAGAGGGGGGGCCUCUCCUGUCGUCACAGCAGGUUCUGAUAGUGGAAGUGAUGAACCAACCAUCAUGAGUUUGAUGUUUGUCUGUUAAAACAUCUAAAAGGUCGAGGACGGUUAUAUUUUUGGUAUUUCAAUAUAUUUAGAUCUGCCACUGCAGGUUCAUUAAAAAACCCUAGCGUUUAAAAUGUAGAAUUGCACCAACUCAUUUAGCAUUUAGAAUUGCAACAGCUCAUUCAGCAUUUAGAAUUGCAACAACUCUGUGUUGUCUGUGUUCUUGCACUUUGACUUUAGUAGCAGCCCUUUUCACUGCAGAAGAAUGCACCCAUGGGAGGUUUUCAGCCCCACAGCUUCACACAGAAAAGCCUCUUAUUUUGCUCGAUUGGCUGAAUAAUCACGUUCGAUUUCCCUAUUUCAGAUUUCAUGGCAGACAGCCGAUGGAUUUAGCUAUUAAAUUACCCACGCGUUUCAAAUGUGUGAAGAAAGCACUUUGUAUUACCCCUGUUGAAAUCAUAUUAUUGAAAAUAAUGCGGCUAAGCCAUUUACUGUUACUCUUAUUACUGUUACCCUUCUCCAAAAUGCAUUUCAGAUGAAUUCACUGCGUAUAUAAUCCCCCAGUGCUGAACCUGCAGGCAGAACAAGAUUUAUAUAUGACCUCACCUCAGAGGAGAGACUGGGAUUACUCCCUGCUAGAUUAUCUAGGAAAUAGAUCAUGGAACAGUACUUUUCCGUUAUUUUCUUGGGGGGGGGGUGUUCAUUUUGAAAUGGAAUUAGGCUGGACAAUGUAAAGCUGUGCAGUAAAUUCCUGAAACUUUUUACUUCUUUUUUUUUUUCAUUAAGUGUGUCAUCCACAGAUCUUCGGCAGGAUUGUAAUGCUUUCUUUAAUCUCAGUGAGAUUCAGGAUAUCACACGAGCAAAGCAUGAAGGUUAAACCCAUGUAGAAGAGCAAUUUAAGGGCCUGCAUUCAAGUAAAAAAUCUCAGGUGCUAGAAAUGAUUGCUUCCCUUUUUU